UGACAUAUACAGUACACACUGACUGCAAGGAGCGCACAGAAGGCCAGCGUCUUUCCUUUGCUCUCCGCAUUCUUGGGCAAUGUAACUUUGGGCGCGGGAAUAUAAAGCGCUAACAAAGCUGGGCCCCAAUCCUGCUCCCACUGAGUGAAGUUAAUGGCAGUGUCCCAACUGGCUUUCCUGGGAGCAGAUGUGUGGCCUCGGAACCUCAGCUGGAUGCAGAUGCACUGGUCAAAUGUCCUGCUCCCCAGUGACGAGUUUACCCAUCAAUUUGCUUCCUAGAAAAUCAGUAUUUUGUGCCAAUUUGCUGGCCAAUGGGGGCAACAAAAUAAAAUGCAUCAGCUUUGUGCAACCGAAGAGCAUUUCGUUCUGCGGGACUGUGUUGCAGAGUGAGAGGAUGUUGUGGUGUAAUGUUGGUGUGUGUGUCAUGGGGGAUGAAUUGAGUUUGUUAAUCCAAAUAUAUGGGCUGUUUAUGGAUUGUACCAAAGGAGGCCCAGGCCUGACCUUUAUCCAGAGACAUCCGUCUGUCUAAAGGGAUUGGUGACUCACCUCCAGUUGGAAAAUUCAUUUCCCAGGGUUUUGAAAAAAAUGCUUUACGUGACUGUGUAACUUGGCCCGGAUCCUUCAGAUUGUGUCACGAGGCCCACUGUUGCUUCAUGGGCUGUAUUUACAGCCUGGCAUCUGCUUUUGCACGCUUACUGUUUCCAUGGAGUGGAAGCUACCUGCACUGAUUUCUCAGCAGUUGGGCUUUUCUGUGCCCUGGGCGCAGGGUGUGAGUGCAACGUUAACCACAUAAUGGGCUGGAUUCUGCAUUCUUUCUCUACACCCACUCCAGUUGCCUUUCCUGGGUACUGAUCUGCUGCGCUGCAUGUACUUCCCCAAUGCUGAGCUAACAAUAAGCACCUUGGAGACACACCCAGUUCUCAAUGUUUGACUGGUGGAGCAUUUGGUAUGUCUGGAAUUUUUUUUCAUUUAUUCUUGAUAGCAAGGGCAAGUGUUCACUGCUGUGAUUGACCAAGCUUCUUCAAUCGCUCUAUGAUACCAAUACUGGUCAUGUUGUAGUCACACAGCUGGGAAUCAGAGGGUUUUGCCUUUUGUGAUAUGAGCGUUGAGUCAUGUGGGAGCUAGUCCUGUUAGCUGUGGAUGCAGUCAGCAGUUGUUGGUGCUAGUCCGGGCCAAGGUCACCAAAGCGCUUGGGGGGCUUGGCAACAAGCCGGGCGAGGAGACAGGAAGGUGUAAAUGAGGAUGAGUUUGGCCUGAGGUCAUAGAUGAAGACUACGCAGGAGUCUGUCUCUAAGGAGGUGAAGAUUUUAACAAGCAUUCCGAGCCAAAAUCAACACCAUCUAGCCCAACACACAAUGCUGAGUUGGAAGUUGCCCAGGCAACUCAGUAUUAAUCAAGUGCCUCAGGUGUUUCGAGAGCAGGGCAUCCUGUUUGGGUAUCGCCAUCCAAGAAGUUCUGCAGCAGACUGUCUCCUCAGCGUCUUCCAGAUGACAAAUGAAACACUAAAUAUAUGGACACAUUUUUUGCCUGCCUGGUACUUCCUAUGGAAGUUGUUUGCCUUGGCCUAUUCGCUGGAUGUCUGGAACGACACGUAUGCCUGGCCCUUCCUUGCCUACAUGCUCACGUGCUGUAUUUAUCCUUUCACAUCCAGCUGUGCUCACACAUUCAGUACGAUGUCCAUCCAGGCGAGACAUAUUUGUUAUUUCUUUGAUUAUGGUGCCCUUAGUAUGUACAGUUUAGGUUCUGCGAUUGCUUAUUCAACAUAUGUUUUCCCAGAAGAAUGGAUCAAUAGCACUUUCCAUCACUGUUAUGUACCCAUUGCUGUGUUUAACACGGUCAUUAGCACUGGUCUUUCCUGCUACUCCAGGCUUGGUGCUCUAUACCUCCAUUAUAACAGUGAUGUCAUAGAAAGGUUCCUCGAGACAAAGCAGCCCAGGCUCAGUAAAACUCUUCGCACGCUGGCUUUUGCAUAUCCAUACGUCUUCGAUAGCACGCCUCUCUUCUACAGGCUAUAUCUGUGUACUGGGGAAAGCUGUAUGGAAAGUGUAAUCCCAGUCCACUACAAGCACUGUGCGUUUGCCUUCCUCACUUGUUUCAUUUUUACUGCACAUCUGCCUGAAAGACUUGCACCGGGAUGCUUUGACUAUAUUGGGCACAGCCACCAGCUUUUCCAUGUAUGUGGCAUCAUUGGCACACACUUCCAAAUGGAGGCCAUCUUUAUAGACAUGAAGGCUCGCCAUGACUGGCUCUUAGCUUCCUCACCUCUUCUCUCUUUCUCUCAAACAGUUGGUUCAAUUGGUAUCUCCAUUAUCAUUAACCUAACUAUCAUUGCGGCUUUCUCACUGGCUCUCUAUUCAAGACCAAAAUCCUCUAGGAAAGAAAAACUACACAGGCAUUAAAGUUUAAGUAGAGACUGGUUUUUAGUUACACUGCUGCAAAUGAGAACACCAAGUAACUUUAGUACUGGAUCAAUGAAGGUGAUGAGAUAUUCUGAUUGGUUUUUUGGGGGAAGAUACUCAAGGGGUUUUUAGAAGUGAACCAUUUUACAUUGCACUGCUUUUUGUACAUAUGACUUUAAAGUUGGAGAGAUUGUGAAAUGGUUUAAAAUCAGGUCAAGCUGAUAUUGUAGCACGAAAUUAUUUAGAAAAAAAUUAAAACAUUGUAAAAGGGAAAAGUGUAAUAUUUUGCAAGCCAGUAUUUGAGGGCAGCUUUAAUCCAAAUGAUGAAACUCACUGUGAUACCAUCUUCUAAGUCAAUGGCCAUUUACCUGUGUUGAUUUCAGUGGACUGCUUUAGGGUGGAACUAGGAAACUUUAUUAUUUUGAUUAUAACAUGAUGGUACGUUGUGAUUAUGUCAGUUCAUAAGCAUAAGUGUCUAUCUUUUAUAUAUUUAAUACAUAGGGUAACAUCUUGAUCCUAUUGAAGUAAAUGGCAUUUUUGCAACAGACUUCAAUAAGAGCCAGGAUUUCACCCUAGAAUCCUAGUGUUCCUAGGAUUGGGCCUUUCAGUUCUUCCCUCGGGAGAUUACUCCAGUCUGAGUUCAAUGUUAGUAUGUUUUUCCGAUAUUCAGUCUAAAUUUCCUUGGCCUGAUCAGUCGGUGGGUGUUUUCCAUUGAGUACCAUGAGCUGUAAUUCGGGCCCUUUAUAUCAGUCUUACAUUGGGGUAGUUCCACUGACUUUAGCAGUUACACUCCUGAUUUACAGUAAUGUGAAUUAGAGGAGAAUCAAGCUUCCAUUGCUCCUAAUUAAACGUCUCCUCAGUAUACAGACACCUCACUGAAAGACUAUCACUGAGAAGCCAUCACAAUUGCAAUCUGGGGUCACAAAUUUUGGCUUGGAAGCAGGUGGCAUCCUGCGACUGGACCGACUUGCACUCAGCUGGUGACCAGAGAGGUACUAGGCCAGGUUAUAAUGUCUGUUACAGUAUUUCACUACUGUUUUUUAUACACAGGAGUAGUACUCAAAUGUCUCAGGCUUUGAGGUUAUCUGUGACUUGAUUGCAUAUUGGAUUAUCUACAACCUUGGAAUAUAUUUUUAUUAAGUACAUAAACAUAUAAUGCAGAAAAUUACAAUGAGAUUAUCAAGCUUCCUGAUAACUGUAUGGGUUUAUUAUAUGUAUUGUAAAUAGUAGCUUCCAUCGAGGUGUAAUAGAUGCACUUUGGGUUGACAGUACAACACAAUCUUUAAAUAUAUUCUGGGAAAAACACAACUUGGAAAUGAUCUUACUUUCUUCUGAAAGCUGAUCAAGAUUUCUAUUAACGUUUAUUAGCACUGGAACAUAACGUUUUUAUCCAACAUUUUAUUUAAUUAAAAAAAUAACUGACAAGAAAAGCGCUAAUAUGUGCUGCUGAUCUGUUUAUCUAUCUUGUCUUUUAGUAUAGCUGGGAAAGUCUGGCUUUGUUUGCAAAAAGUGAUUCAAGAUUCUACAGGAUUAAUUAAUUAAUUUUUCUCAGUUGGCAGUCUAACUUUUCAGAUUCAAUAAGUCCCAUGUUCUGUGACUAUUACACAUACACAAUUAGGUAACUUCAAAUAAGCAGUGGCUCAUAGGAGAACUACCUGUAAAACAACACAUUUCUGUUCGACAUGGUGGUCUGCUCCUUCAUCCUUCUACACCCCACAGCAGUGUCACAUGGGGAUCUGGUCUGACACUUACACAUUUUAAAAGAGCAAAUUAGUUGAGUGUCAUUCCAACAUUUUCUGAUCUUGAAACAUCAGAUGGAAAGAGAAGCCAGAUUAAUUAUAAUGUGAGACACAUUCAAAACCAUACCAUGAAUUAAGCUAUACAGCUGUAAAGAAAUAAAGUCUAUUUAUGAAGAA